AUGGGAGUAAAAGGUCGUCGUGUGGCAUUAAUAGAAGAACUUAGUAAUACAGUUAUAAGUUUCCAAAAAGUGGAUCCAAAAUGUCAAAGUCGUCAAUUAACAAUAAUUGCCGAGGCACAAAAUGCAAUAGAAAAUGCAAAAUCUUUAAUUGCCGAAACUAUUGAACGAAAUAUUUCACCAAAUAGAAAAGUAAAUUUUUCAAUAUAUAGUUUUAAGAAAUGGGAAAAUAAAUGA